UUGACCAACUAUGGUUCUGUUCUGCUGUGUUCACCUCAACAUUACAUGACUUAUGCUUACUUUCAAUGCUUAUAUAACCAUUCACUUCAUCUUCUAUGUUUUCUUUCUCAUCCCAAAUUUUUUUAUUUUUUUCUUUUCAUUUUUUUUUUCUUUCACAAAUAUUGAGUAUUCAGAUUGUUAAAGCAUCCUUUCAGCUUUCAACUUGUGACAGUAAAGUAACUUUGAUCGAUAGAAUAUUGAUUCCUUGGAUAAGAGUUUGAAAUGAAUCCAAUGGGAAGCUUGUGUGCUAACAACUGGGCAAGGUCCUCUUCCUUACUCCCUCAUGGGAAUGGAAUACAGACAAAUUUAUGCUCAGAUCCUCCCCCUUUCUAUGGGGUCGGCAUCGAAGCGCCUUUCAAAGAAAUCAACCAACCCUCUCAAACUCAGUCUGUGAUUCCGGGUGAAUCUAACAAAGAUAUUAAGAUCCCUGAUCAGGAAACCGGUAAACUCCAAGAUUGGGAUCCGAGUGCGAUGUUGAAUAACCUUUCAUUCCUGGAAGAAAAGAUCCAUCAGCUCCAGGGUCUAGUGCAUUUGAUUGUUAAUAAGAAGUGUCUACCUUUUGAACAACCUCAUGAACUUGUGACUCAAGAACAGCAACUUAUCACAGCUGAUCUCACAUCGAUUAUCGUUCAGUUGAUCUCUACUGCAGGUAGUCUUCUUCCUUCGGUUAGGCACACGCUUACAAACACAAGUCCAUUGGUCGGACAGCUUAACCAGCUUCGCGGGAUUAACCUUCCCUUUGGAUCAGGUGCAAGUAACGGUAUUCAGCCACAAAAUAAUAGUGGAAAUAAAUUGUUUGAUCAGUCCAUUCGGAAUGAUGUACCUAAUAAUAAUUGUGAUAUGGAGCACAACCAUAAUAUGGAAGAACAUGAACAUAAAGAUGACGAAGAUAUGGACGAGGGAGAGAACCUUCCACCUGGUUCAUAUGAGAUUUUACAACUCGAAAAAGAAGAAAUCCUUGCACCUCACACACAUUUCUGUACAAUAUGUGGCAAAGGGUUCAAGAGGGAUGCAAAUCUUCGCAUGCACAUGCGAGGUCAUGGUGAUGAGUACAAAACACCAGCAGCCCUUGCAAAACCGCAUAAAGAAAUUGGGUCUGAACCAAAGCUUAUCAAAAGGUAUUCAUGCCCCUAUGCCGGCUGCAAGCGUAACAAAGAUCACAAAAAAUUUCAGCCUCUGAAGACUAUUUUAUGUGUCAAAAACCACUACAAAAGAACACACUGUGAUAAGAGUUACACUUGCAGCAGAUGCCACACAAAGAAGUUUUCAGUCAUUGCAGAUCUCAAGACUCAUGAAAAGCACUGUGGCAAGGAUAAAUGGCUCUGUUCAUGUGGCACAACAUUUUCAAGGAAAGACAAGCUUUUUGGACACAUUGCUCUAUUCCAAGGCCAUACACCGGCUAUUCCUUUGGAAGAUACAAAAGGACUUGCCGAGCCACAUGAUCGAUGUGACACCAAAGAAAAUAGCACUAUCUUAGGGAGCAUGAACUUCUGUUUUGGAUCAAAUCCUUCAAGUGAAAAUGGAGUUAAUAACAUCAUGGAUGUGAAAGGAAAUAUUGAUGAUCCUAUCAAUUGUUUCUCACCUUUGAACUUUGAAGGCUGUAACUUUGGUGGGUUUAAUGAAUUCUCCCAACCUCCAUUUGAAGAUUCAGAAAGCUCUUUCUCUUUUCUGAUGUCGGGAUCGUUUAAUUAUGCUCCCAAAUCUGGUGGUGAAUCGUGUUCUGACAAUCUGUUGUAACAGUUUAUGAUGGUGUUAAUCUACAUAAUAUCUAUGUUUUCGUUGUUACCUUGUUAAGGAAUAAGCCUUUUUAAAGCUGGUCAAGUAACCUUUUUCUUUCUGUUAGUUUUGUAAAGCUGGUCAAGUAUCUCGUGUACUCGCCAUUUCUUAAUAUAGAAAGAUUAAUUCUCUAGAAGCUCUAAUUCUUUAUUCAAAUGGAGGUUCUAUGCAGCCAUAUACCAUCAUUGAGUGUAGAUUUCAAAUGCAGAGGAUCUUCACUGUAAAAAUACUACGUGGUUUAUAUGUAUAGAACAAAUAUGAUUGAUUUGGCAAUUUAAA